GGGAGAGAGGAAAGGAAGGGAAGGGAAGGAGGAGGGGAACUUUCUCAGCAUUCAGCCCAACUGUUGCUGCUGUGAGGAAGAGAAACGCCUGCAAAGAGCUGUGCUCCCUUCAGCAGUUAGAGCAGAAACGCCUGAGCCAAGCUGCAAAAUGAACACCUAUAUCUUCAGCUAUUAUUUAAUCCAGUUCUGUGGCCAUUCUUGGAUAUUUACCAAUAUGAUCAUCAGGUUUCUGUCUUUUGGGGAAGAUUCCAUGGCGGAUACUUUCUACUCUAUGGGACUUGUCAUGCGUAUUUGUCAGUUAGUAUCUAUACUGGAGCUCUUACAUAUUGGUCUUAACCUUGAGGAAGACCAUAUCCUUCCACGGCUUUUGCAGAUCACAGAAAGAAUCGUCAUCUUGUUUGCUGUGAUCACUAGUCAAGAAGAAGUGCAAGGGAAACACAUUGUAUGCAUCUUAUUUUUCCUUUGGAACAUCAUGGAUAUUGUCAGAUACAUUUACUGCAUGUUAGCAGCAAUAGGAAUCUACUUUCCAGAAUUGACAUGGCUCCAUCAUUCUCUGUGGAUUCCUUUAUAUCCUCUGUCUGUUUUGGCUGAAGCAUUUGCCAUAUAUGAAUCAUUGCCCCACUUUGAAACCUACGGCACAUACUCUGUCCAGUUGCCCUUUCCAUUUGAUGUAUCUGUCUACUUUCCCUACGUGCUAAAAGCUUACAUGGCAAUAUUAUUUGGAGGUGCCUACUUCAUCAUCCACUACCUCUGCAAGGAAAGGAAGGUUCACUUAGGAAGCUACAGUGUCAAAACCAAAAGCAGCUAACCUACAUUAUCUUGGGACAAGGAGAAUGACUUCUGCUGGAAAACACAAUUUGCUUGAUACCAAUUUCCAAGGGACAGCUAUUUGGAGAUUUCCAGUUGAAUGAAGCUUACCACAUGUUUCCACUGUAUCUAGAGCCUUUCAAAAAAGCAAUGCGAAUGUGUGUACAUGCAACAGAAUUAGGAUCCUUGGGCAUAAUGGCAUUAUUGAAAGCACUGUUGAGGUCUGGCUUUGGUGUAUAAUGAGAAGUAAGAAUAUGAUAGUAUUCUGAGUAACUCUUUGCUAGCCCAGCAACACAGUGGCUGCUCUAUUGCACCUAAGUAGAAUGCACAAUCUGCAUUCCAUGUUCAAUCAUGACAGUUGAUGAUUUUCAUAUUAGUUGGAUUGUGAAUCUACUCUGCGUUCCACUCCUGACUCCAAAGCUAUCCAAGGUGCUGAACCCUAUUCCCAAGCAAGCUUCAGCACCCUAGAUAGCUCCCUUAAAGUUAGGAUUAAUGCCUAGAGCAAAUUCACGAUUCCCACAUGUCAGUGCCACUGCUAUUCAAGCCAAUUGAUAUGUUCAGGCUUAAAUCCAAUUAAUCCCAAUGACCUAUUGAAUCAACUGAAUUUACAUGUGCUAACUGACCAAGUUCCUAUUGAUUCAGAGGGUGUAUUUUGUUGAGACAAACAAUUGGAUUUAAGCCAAAUAAAUCAUUAUCCACACCCAAGAGCUUUUUUUAUUAAGUGCUUGCCAUGACUACCAUGAAGCAAACUACUGAAAUCUAUCUUAUGGCUUCAGAAUAUUCAUGUUAAUAAAUAUUACUGAAAAGUGAAAUGACCCAGAGAGGACUGCAAAAUGAACAAGUAUUAUAAGUGAUGAUCAGAAAGAAAAACAAUGAUCAUUAGCCAUAGCCAAACUGAAAAAGAAUAGGUCAUAAUACCCCUCCCCCAUUCCAAUGUCUUAAUUUCAGGGUAAGAAAUCUUUGUCAACCUAAUUGAUGGGAAAAUUAAUAAAUAUGGAUGUUUUAAGACGAGAUGACAGCAUAAUGAAGAAUAGUAAGUUUCUUGGUUUCAAUGUGGCCUUUGGUAAACCCACUUUGAUAAACCCAUUAUUCUACUGUGUUUCUUAGUUCAACAGCCACUAUUAAUCAAUAGCACUGGUGUCAUUUUUAAAGGGGUACAUUAUUGGGGUUGUUUUCUUAAUAUAAAAAGGGACAUUUAGGACAUUGUGGGCAACUGAAACUGUGCUAUCUAGCAUUCGUUUGUGAUUAGAGUACCAGCUGCUAAGGGUGAGAUUUAAAGGAGGCCUCAAGAUGAGUCUGUAGUGAUCUAAAAUGCUAUAUUCUGCUGCUGGGCUGAGUUUUCAGUGAGAAUAAAUACUCCAAAGGUUUCUCCAACACAUUAGCUUUUUAUAGACAUAUACAUCUUUCUUCUCCCAUAGACAGACAUUCUAUAGUGUGAGCCAUGCUUCCACUAUAAAUAUAGGAUGGA